AAGUUUAUUUAAAUAUCUUUUAUAAGAUCGUUAUGUCGUCUGUCUGUCCGUACCUCCGAUAACUUUUCGAGACAUAAAGACUUGAUAUUUUGACUCUGAACUCUUAACGUCAAGGGACAGGAUGAGUUCAAAAAUGGACCUAGGUCACACCCUUCAAGGUCAAAACGGUUAAAAACGAUUUCCAAAUAUUAUAUUUAUGAACUGAAAUUUAACCCCGAAUUCAAUGGUGACCUCCAUUUUGACCUCGAAGGUCACCAAAUUCAUAUUUGAUAUAGAUGUCACACCUGUCGAAAACACGUGUCAAUUUUAACACAUUUUCGACGGACAAAAGCAACAUGACAUUCAUUUUGACGUAUGUACUGUAUAACACACUGCUUUCACCUCUUGGUUACGUGCGUUGUAACAGUUUAUAUUCUUAAAUAUGAAGAAUGGGUUGAUUAAUACACUUGUCAUAUCAAAAUUUAUAAUUAUGAACUUUGUACCCUACAGAACUCUAAUUGUCCGGAACUUGAAGGGCCUCGAAGACGUCGUCGGCCUCUCGAUCGUCCACUACCUGAUGUCGGAUGAUGGCUGGGAAUUUUCCGAUGCGCCCGGCUGCAUUCCCGACACCGUCAACAACUUCAAGUUCAUUCGGGAGCUGUACCAUCAAAGCGACCCAAACUACUCAGGCCCGUUCAGCGUCCCCGUUCUUUACGACACAAAAACCAAGAAAAUCGUCAACAAUGAAAGUUCCGAAAUUGUGCGGAUGUUUAACUCGGAAUUUAACGAGUUCUCAACCUCGCCCGAGUUAGAUCUUUAUCCUGAAGCGUUGCGGUCUCAAAUCGACGAGUGGAAUGAGGUCAUUAAUAACGGGAUAAGUAAUGGAGUAUACAAGGCUGGGCUGGCCUUGACGCAAGACGCCUACGAACCAAGUGCAAAGUUGGUGUACGAAACCAUGCUUAAAGUCGAGGACUUCGUGGCCAAGGUGCCGGGACCCUUCCUUUUCGGAGAGGCCUUGACCGAGACGGACAUCCGCCUUUUUACGACCCUCAUCCGCCACGAUCCGGUCUACUAUUUCCACUUCAAGUGCAACCUGACGGCCGUGAAGGACCUUCCGAACUUGUCCCUGUGGCUGAAACGGGUUUACGACCAUGGCGAAAUUAAGGACACGGUGAACAUGGACCAUAUUAAAAAGUUCUACUACAGUAGCACGAGUAAGACUCAUUUGCAGGUUAACCCGACAGGUGUGGUCCCUUUGUAUAAUGGGCCGAUCAUUGGGAAAUAAUUGGCAUACCUGUUAAUAAUAAAAUAAUUUGUCGAUUUUGUAUAAAGGAAUAAAGGAUAUUAAAUACAUACAAUGA